AUGGAUAAGUUCAUGAAGUACGCCAACUUCUUUUACAUGGCUGUGGGUAUUGAGCCGUAUAAAAAGGACUUGUUGGAGCACAAGAACAGUCUUAAGACCCGGAUUGUCUUCUGGGCCAAUGUGAUUAACUUGACUCUGGUUGCGAUCGGCGAGAGUAUAUAUUUUCGCAGUGCCUACAACAAUGGAAAGCUUCUGGAGGCCGUCACUGUGCUAUCCUACAUUGGAUUUGAUAUUGUGGGCAUGAGUAAGAUGUGCUUCAUCUGGUGGAAGAAGGCAGCUAUGAAUGGAAUGGUCAGAGAACUGGAGGAAAUGUACCCACGGGGAAAGGUGCAGGAGCAGAGGUACAAACUGCAGAAGCAUCUUAAAUCCUGCUCCAGGAUCAGCUUUACUUAUUCGCUGCUCUACUCGCUGCUCAUCUGGACCUUCAACUUGUACAGCGUUAUGCAGUUUCUGGUCUACGAGAAGUGGCUUAACAUUCGCGUGGUGGGCAAAACAUUGCCAUACCUCAUGUACAUUCCCUGGAAAUGGGAGGACAACUGGACCUAUUACCCUCUGCUCUUCUCGCAGAACUUUGCAGGAUAUACGGCAGCUGCUGGACAAAUAUCCUCCGAUCUUUUGCUCUGCGCAGUGGCCACUCAAGUUGUAAUGCACUUUGAUUAUCUUUCACAUAGUAUGGAGAGCCACGAACUAAGUGGCGAUUGGGAGCAGGACUCCCAAUUUCUGGCGGAUACUGUUAGGUAUCACGAACGGAUCCUUCAACUCUCCGAUGUGGUGAAUGAAAUAUUCGGGAUACCACUGCUACUCAACUUUAUGGUGUCCUCGUUUGUCAUCUGCUUUGUGGGAUUCCAGAUGACUGUUGGAGUUUCACCGGAUAUGAUUACUAAGCUGUUCCUGUUCCUCUUCUCGUCCAUGAGCCAGGUCUACUUGAUUUGCCACUAUGGUCAGCUGGUGGCCGAUGCGAGUUUUGGCCUUUCGGUGGCUACAUAUAGACAAAAUUGGACUCAUGCUGACAUCCGCUAUAAAAGAGCUUUGGUUAUUAUAAUCACUCGGGCUCAGAAACUGACUUAUCUAAAGGCCACCAUAUUUUUGGACAUCAGCAGAUCUACAAUGACGGAUCUUCUUCAGAUUUCGUACAAGUUCUUCGCUUUGCUACGCACCAUGUACGGUCAAUAA